AUGAAGGGGGCGCGGCAGCGGCGAGGGGGGCUGUGUUGGGUUGUGGGUCGGAGCGUGCUUGUUGGCGGGCGGGGGGGGGGGAGAGUGAAAGGAUGA